AUGUCGUACAGCAAGGACUUUACUGUCGCAAUUUGUGGAGGAGGGCUUUGUGGAUUAGCUUGCGCGGUGGCUCUUUCAAGGGCGGGUAUUUCCGUAACCGUAUUUGAAGCCUCUUCGUUCUCACAAGAGGCCGGUGCUGGUGUCGGGCUUGGGCCAAACGCUGUCCGCGCGUUAAAAGGCCUUGGGAUAUUUGACGCUAUCCUUGCACGAUCUGAUCAGCCUGAACCUAUCCCCAGACUGUUCGGCUUUGUGUCUGCAAAAGAUCCCCAUGAUUUUAUUUUCAGCGUAAGUUGUUGCGAAGACCCGGUUGCAUUAGCGAUUUACAGACCCGCAUUCCUUGACGCAGUCGUCGAACUUUUGGAUCCCUCUAUCAUCCAGUUUCGAAAGAGAUGCACGUCCAUAGAUGUCUCCGAGAAUGGCAGACACGUUAUGCAUUUCGCUGACAGUACCACUCAUGAAACGGACCUCAUUAUCGGAGCAGAUGGUGUCCGCAGUGUUGCGCGUCGUUUUGUCAUCGGAGAACUCGCGAAAGAUCCCCUCAUAUACCCCAAUACCGCAGCUUAUCGGGGACUUGUACCCACAGAAGACCUUCGGCGUGCUGGUGUACAGACUGAAUUGACAGGACGUCCGCUAUGUUUUGUGGGUCUUGAUAAACACAUGAUAUGUUUCCCAAUCAAAGGUGCUACGGUUAUUAACAUUGUUGUUUUUUUGUCCGACUACGACAAACCUCCACAAUCGGAGCUGCCAUAUCCUUGGGUCGAGUCUGUAUCUCAAAAAGAGCUCAAAGAGCAUUGUAAAGACUGGGGACACGAUCCAAAGAUCAUUCUAGACCAUCUCAAAAAUCCCAGCAAGUGGUCUAUCCAUGCGUUGGAUCCUCUACAAAACUAUGUCCGUGACAAGGUCGUUCUCGUUGGAGAUGCAUCGCACGCUAUGCUUCCUCACCUUGGCGCAGGCGCAGGCCAAGGUUUUGAAGAUGUUUUCGUUCUGAUACAGCUGCUCACUCAUCCUCGAACUGAAAAAUCCAAUCUUUCUGACGUCCUCGCGCGAUAUAACGAUGUUCGGCCCCCAAGAGCUAACGAUGUCUUACGAGCAAGCGCGCGAGCGGGUAGACUAUAUGACUCUUUUCGCUCCCCAGAACAAGACAAAACCAGGUUGCAAACUGAACUAUCCGGGAUUUGGGAAGAUGUUUGGAGCUAUGAUUUGCAUAAAGACGUUACGACUUCGUUCGAAACUUUGCAUCGCUUGCAUGUUUUCUAG